AACUUCAGGCUGAAAGUGACCGUGAGAUGCGCCUUCUACAGUUUUUUUUGAGAUUAAGAUGGAUCCAAAAAAGCCUCCAGGUAUUAGUGGGAUUACCGGCACCCCUUGGUUGGGACGUGGACAAGGGCUGCAGUCUAUGGAGCCUGCUGUAGGACGUGGUAGAGGACUGCUACCUUUUACUGAAGGAAGUGUUGCAGAACAGGCCAAAACUGUUCCUGCUUCCAGUUUGUCACUGGAAGGGCUGGGCAUGACGAGAUUUACAGAACCUGUGAUGGGAAGUGCUAGAGGGCUGCUGGUUCAGCCUGAUGGAGGAGUACUGGGCUGGGCCAGAGGACUGCCCUUUGUAGCUGGCGAACCACAGUUAGGAUUUGCACGAGGUGCAGUUUUACCCACUCUGCAACAUAAACCUGAACCAACUCUUGUAGAAGAACCAACUCUUGUAGAAGAUCCAAAGAAGCAUGAACAGACAACAAAAACUGAGGACAUACCAGUCCAAGGACAGGGAUCCACUCUUGUCUCAAUGUUUAGGGGAAUGGGGAUUGAGCCCUCAAUGUCAUCAAGGGGAAGAUCUAUUCUAGUGGGAAGGGGUUUUGCUGGAGAACAGGGUAAACCUGCACAGCCAUUGCUCUCCUCUCCACUCUUUAGUGGGGCAGAGAGCCUGGGCAAACCAGAAGAGGCCCUGGGGCGUGGCAGCAGUUUGCUUGGGCACCAGCGGAUGAUGGGGCUUGGCAGAGCAGCAAUGCCACAGUUAGGGGCUGGACGAGCACAUUUGUUUUGUUUUCCUGCUUCUAGCCGUGUGGAGCAAGUGACACCUGCUUUACCUGCAGUUUUACCAGAAACACCUCCACAAAUGCCUUUACCUCUCCUAGAAAAGAAAGUCCCUAAGAGCCCAACUAUUCAGGAACCAGUGAAAUCAGAGCUCAAAAUGGAAGCUAUUAGCAAGCCUCUUCCUAAAACUGGAACCAAAGGAGCAUCAGUUACCAUCGGCUCAAACCACAUUGUUAUAAGAUGCAAGAAUGAGGCAGUGUAUCAGUACCAUGUUACAUUUGUCCCCAAUGUUGAAUCCAUGGCCAUGCGUUUUGGUAUGAUAAAAGAUCACCGCUCUACCACAGGAGAAGUGGUGGCAUUUGACGGGUCCAUCUUGUACCUUCCGGUCAAACUGAAUGACGUGGUCCUCCUCAAAAGUCUAAGGCGGACUGAUAAUGAGGAAGUGCAAAUCAAAAUUCAGAUAACAAAGAUCUUACCACCAAGCUCUGAUUUGUGCAUUCCUUUCUACAAUGUGGUGUUAAGAAGAAUUAUGAAAAUCAUUGGUUUGAAGAUGGUUGGACGUAAUCACUUUGAUCCUGAAAGUGCUGUGAUUCUUGGGAAACACAGACUUCAAAUAUGGCCAGGUUUUGCCACAAGUAUAAAACGCUUAGAUGGAGGCCUUCUUCUCAGUGUAGAAGUCAUUUCUAAAGUGUUAAGGAAUGAUUCUGUGCUGGAUGUAAUGAACGUGUUGUAUCAGCAAAGCAAGGAGAACUUCCAGGAUGAGUGCACAAAAGAGCUCUUGGGAAGCAUUGUGAUCACACGCUAUAACAACCGCACAUACCGCAUUGAUGCCAUCGAGUGGAACAAGUCACCCAAAGACACAUUCACUCUGAUGAACGGCAUCAAAACCACCUUUGUUGAGUACUACAGCAAGAACUAUGGCAUUACCAUUAAGGAGAUGGACCAGCCUCUGCUCAUGCACCGACCAAAGGAACGCUCAAGGCCGGGAGGAAAGCAAGUCAUCACUGGGGAGAUCCUUCUGGUGCCAGAGCUUUCCUUUAUGACUGGUAUUCCUGAAAAAAUGAAAAAGGACUUCAAAUCAAUGAAGGACUUGACGAAGUACAUCAAUGUGAACACAGAACAGCACACCCACUCAAUAAAACAGCUUCUGAAGAAAAUCAACAGUCACCUGGACUGUCAGAAGGAGCUUAAUAAGUGGGGCCUUGAAGUCAGCUCUGAGAUUGUCAUAACUAAAGGAAGAUCUCUGCCCUUUGAGACCAUCUGUUUGCAAAGUUCAUCUUUCACCACAGGAUCUGAUGUGUCCUGGUCUCAAGAGAUUGUCCGAGGUCCCUCCAUAAGUGCAAUCCCUUUGAACACUUGGGCCAUCUUCUACCCUCGCCGCUGUGCUGAGCUGGCAGAGGAGCUGGUGACAAUUUUCAAAAAGGUGGCAGGACCCAUGGGUUUUAGAGUGGAGCGCCCCAUUUGUGUAGAGCUCCGGGAUGACCGCACAGAAAGCUAUAUAAAGAGCAUCCAUUCACAACUCACCAGCGAGCCCAAUAUCCAGCUGGUUGUUUGCAUUAUGGUUGGCAACAGGGAUGACCUUUACAGUGCUGUCAAGAAACUUUGCUGCAUUAAAAGCCCAAUCCCAUCUCAGGUAAUCAAUAUUAAGACCAUUUCCCAACCUCAGAAACUGAAGAGCAUUGCCCAAAAAAUAAUCCUGCAGAUAAACUGUAAACUUGGUGGCGAGCUGUGGACAGUCAGUGUCCCUCUGAAAAACUUAAUGGUGGUAGGCGUUGAUGUUCACCAUGACACCACCAAGGCCCGUCAAUCUGUUAUGGGGUUUGUUGCAAGUGUGAACAGCUCACUGACACGAUGGUACUCGAGAGUAACUUUCCAGACUCCCACAGAGGAGCUCAUCUGUGGCUUCAGGGUUUGCUUGUUGGCUGCUCUACAGAAGUACUAUGAGGUGAACCACAACUUGCCAGAGAAAAUAGUGGUUUAUCGUGAUGGGGUAUCUGAAGGCCAGCUCAAGAUGGUGGAGCAGUACGAGGUCCCACAGAUCUUAAAAUGCUUCGAAACAUUCCCCAACUACGAGCCCAAACUGGUCUUCAUCGUGGUCCAAAAGCGCAUCAACACUGUGCUCUACUCCUGGUCUGCAAACACCUUUGGAAGUGCAUUUCCUGGGACCAUCCUGGACCACACUCUCACCAACAGAAAGUGGGUGGACUUCUUUUUGAUGGCACACACUAUACGCCAAGGUUGUGGACUUCCAACUCAUUACAUCUCUGUGUACAACAGUGCAAAUCUGGCACCUGACCAUCUGCAAAGACUCACAUUCAAGAUGUGCCAUUUGUACUGGAAUUGGCCUGGUACCAUUCGCGUUCCAGCUCCCUGCAAGUACGCUCACAAACUGGCUUUCCUGUCAGGACAGCACCUGCACUCUGAACCCGCCAUCCAACUAUCAGACAAGCUCUUCUUCCUCUGAGUUACACAAGUUAUGACACAAAAAGACCUUAAAUAAUAUUAAAACGAUAUUUGAAUGUGUAAGGCCAUCACCAUAAAGGGGUGAUGUGUUAGAUUAUGCAGUAUGUUCACAUUUUGUCAAAAGAUUUUUAAGUUUUAUUGUUCAUGUGCUCUUCUGUUGUGAAAAUGUUUAGAGCUUUGAUUUCACAAGAUGGUACUGUUGAUGUUUACAAUUUAAAACAAUAAACUGGAUGUUCAGCCUGUCUU